GUGGGCAGUCGCCGCCCGCCGUCCGCGCCGCGCGCGGCGCCGGCCACCUUGGCUCCGCACCUCCAUCUCCUAUCUGCAGCGUCCGCCGCGUCGCACUUACUUCGUGUCCACUUGCUCUCCACGUCCCCCAUCUCUGGCUCUGCCCCCUCGUAAUCUUCGAGGCCGCGCAAAGAAAGGGACACAGAGCGAUGGAUCUCCUCACGCAGUUCCUCCUCGCCCUCGUGCUCCUCCUCUCCCUCGUCCUCUACACUCGCCUCGAGCUGCCGCCCUCCUCUGCCUCUGCCUCUCCCAACUCCGCCAGCAGCAGCAAGAAGAAGAAGAAGGCCGGCCCCAAGCGCGUGCCCGCCACUCAGGGCGGCAUCGGCCCCGCGGCCUUUGUGGCGCGCGCCAAUGAGGAGGAGGCGAGGAGGCGGCAGAAGAGGGAGCUGAAGGCCGAGAGGGAGAAGGACAAGGUUGAACACGCGGCGGCGGCGGCGGCGGCGGCACACAAGGCAGCGGUGAAGCAGCGAGGCGAGUCUCAGCACGGCGCCAAUGGCGCAGCGGCAUACGCCCAUGUCGCGGCUGCCGAGCCAGAGGCAGCGGCGCAGACGCUCGACGUGCCGACGGUCGUCACUGGGCCGGCCAACGGCAGCGUCAAUAAGGGCGGCCAGAAGGAGAAGCAGGCGUCGAACGGCAUCGCCAGCGACGGCGACGGCCCCGCGAAGGGCAGCGCGCGCAAGGGCAAUGGCAAGACGAAUGAAGAACGCCGCAGGGAGCUAGAUGCAAGGCUCAGGCCGCAUGUGGGAGACAAGGAUAAGGGAGGCGAUAUGCUCGAUGAAGAGAUGCAGGCAGCAGCGCGUACGACGACGACGAAUGGCAAGACGACGAUUUCGGUUCCCGCUGGAGCAUGGGCCUCCUCCAACCCCUUUGCUGCCCUUCCCGGCUCGGGCGCCGGCAGUGGCAGCUCUACUUCCUCCGUGCUGCGCAUUCCUGCCGCCUCGAGUUCGAGCAGUGGCGCCUCUACUGCGCCGAAGAAGCCCGCCGCCUCCGCCGCGGCAGCGCCUUCGGAGCCGACGAAGAAGCAGCGGCAAAACGCGGCGAAGGCAGCAGCUGCCAAGGCGGCAAAGGAGUCGGAGGAGAAGGAGAGAUUGGCGAGAUUGGCCAGACAUAAGCGCGAGGUGGAGCAGGAGCGCAUCAAGGCGCAGAUGAAGAAGGCAGCGCCAGCGGCGGCAGCGGGGGCAAAGGCAGCGGCGACGGGCUUGACGGCGGCUAAGGCGAGCGUCAAUGAGAGGGGCAUGCUGGUUUGGGAUUGAGGGCGACGAG